AUGGUUGAUUCGUCGCCAACUCCUGAUAGUACUUCGUCAGAGGAUUCUCCAGGUCCUAGUGUGGCGCAAAGUGUGGUCAGUACAUCUGCUGGUCCAACAUCAACAACUAUAGGCGGAAGGGGAAGAGUUGCUGCAAUGAUGCUAGCAAAAAUGCAGCAUAAGCCUAUAGAUAAGAACCCUACAUUUUUACCUGCUGCAGACAUGAGCCCUAAACCAUUAACCUCAGGUGGUGCAGGCAGAGGAAUAAAGCUAUUACAAAAUUUAAAAUCUCAGAUGGCUCAGAAACAGUCACCAGUUGGAGUUGAAGAAGUUAAGCAAGUAACAGAUAAAAUGGCAGAAAGUACAAUUUCUUCAGUACAAUCUACAUCAGUUGCAAAGAAUAAGUAUUUUAGAGAAGUGAAGAACACACCACCUGUUGUAAAAAUGGGUGAAUUUGGGACUAAAUGUGAUGUUACCGCAAACUUUAUCUACCUCAACUUUGAAGAGAACAAUGUAUUUGAGUAUGAAGUGAAGUUUGAACCAGACCAAGACUAUAAGCAUCUGCGUUUUAAACUACUUAAUGAACACAACAAGUACUUUAAGGAGAAAACUUUUGACGGAACUACUCUAUAUGUUCCACACAUGUUGCCAGAAGAAGCAACAAAAUUAGUCUCUACCAAUCCUUUUGACAAUAGCAGUGUUCAUAUUUCUAUCAUAUUCAGAAGGACACGCCAACUCAGCGAGAUGAUACACAUAUACAACGUCCUAUUUAAGCACAUAAUGAAGGACCUCCAAUUGGUGCGCUUCGGUCGACAACAUUUUAAUGAACGGAGCGCAAUUCAAAUACCACAGCAUAAACUGGAAGUUUGGCCUGGCUAUGUGACAGCGGUGGAUGAAUACGAGGGUGGUUUGAUGUUGACCCUCGACUCGACACAUCGUGUGCUCCGAACACAGAGUGUUCUAUCAUUCAUUAAGGAAACCGUGCAGACCGAGGGGGCGAAUUGGAAGCGAGCCAUGUCCGACAGACUGAUCGGCUGCUCCGUUAUGACAACGUACAAUAAGAAAUUGUUUCGGGUGGACAGCAUAGACGAUUCUAUGAAUCCUCGCUCCACAUUUGAAAAGACUGAAAAUGGCCAACCUGUGAAGAUAAGCUUCGUGGAUUACUACAAGAAGAAUUAUGGCAUUGAUAUUAUGGAUUGGGACCAACCACUACUUAUAUCAAGGGACACGAAGCGAAUGCCGGGCGCGGAGCAGCCCACCGACUUCAUGAUAUGCCUCGUGCCGGAGCUGUGCCAGCUCACCGGCCUCACGGACGACCAGCGCAGCAACUUCCGCCUCAUGAAGGACGUCGCCACAUACACGCGGAUCACGCCCAACCAGCGCCACGCCGCCUUCAAGAAGUACAUCCGGAGCGUGCUGGAGAACGAGACCGCGCGCGGCCGCCUCGCCGGCUGGGGGCUGAGCAUCGCGCCGGAGACGGUGUCGCUGUGCGCGCGCACGCUGCCGCCGGAGACGCUCUACUUCGGCGGCGACGUGCGCGUGCCGGGGCGGCCGGGCGCCGACUGGGGCGCGGACGCCACUCGCAACCCGGUCAUGCAGGCGGUCGACGUGCUCCGCUGGGUGGUGCUCUUCACGGACAGGGACAAGAACGUCGCGACGGACUUCGUGGACACUAUGAAGCGGUGCUGUGGGCCGAUGGGCAUUAAUGUGAACAGCCCCGAGAUGGUGAGGCUGCCUAACGACCGCACCGACUCCUACGUGGCCGCCCUAAGGAAGACCAUCUCCUCACGGCUGCAGCUGGUCGUGGCAAUUUGCCCCACGAUGAGGGACGACAGAUACGCCGCGAUAAAGAAGAUAUGCUGCGUCGACUUACCCAUACCGUCGCAGGUGAUAAACGCGCGAACGAUCAUGAACAGCCAGAAACUCCGCUCGAUCACGCAGAAAAUUUUACUCCAGAUCAAUUGUAAACUGGGCGGAACUCUGUGGAACAUUGGGAUGCCUAUGAAGACGGCAAUGAUUAUUGGCAUCGACUCCUACCAUGAUGCGAGCAGAAAGAAGCGAAGUGUAUGCUCCUUUGUAGCGUCGUACAAUCAAUCGAUGACGCAUUGGUAUUCGAAGGCGGUAUUCCAAGAGAAGGGGCAGGAGAUAGUCGACGGCCUAAAGUCGUGCUUAGUAGAUUCUCUGAAGCACUAUCUGCAAGUUAACGGCAGGCUGCCGGACAGAAUCAUUAUUUAUAGAGAUGGUGUCGGCGAUGGGCAGCUGAAACUCCUACAGCAGUACGAAAUACCGCAGAUGCAGAUUUGCUUCUCAAUAGUCAGCACAAUGUACAAGCCGAGUCUCACCUACAUUGUGGUGCAGAAGCGAAUAAACACCAGGAUUUUCUUGAAAUCGGACAAAGGAUUCGAAAAUCCUGCUCCGGGCACAGUUCUUGAUCAUACGAUUACGAGGCGAGACUGGUACGACUUCCUGAUUGUGUCGCAGAAGGUCAACCAGGGCACUGUGACCCCAACACACUACGUGGUGGUGCACGAUGACAGCGGAAUGACCCCGGACCAGUGUCAGCGGAUGACCUACAAGAUGUGCCACCUGUAUUACAACUGGCCAGGCACCGUCCGAGUGCCAGCACCUUGCCAAUACGCCCACAAGUUGGCAUAUCUAGUCGGCCAGAACAUCCACCAGCAGCCCUCCGAAAGCCUCACCGAUAAACUUUUCUUCUUA